AUGGAGAAUGACAACAAAAGGCCUAAAUUGACUUUUGAGAAGUACACAUGGAGGAUCAACAACUUCUCUAAAUUGAAAAAUCAACGACAUCACUCCGACAAUUUUAUACUGGAUGGUUUUUCAUGGUACAUGGUCAAAAUCCCAGUUGGACGAUGUUUCUUUAAAAUUUAUUUAGAAGCUGAUGAGAAUCGUGCAAAUUUACCUGAGGACUGGAAAAGAACUGAAAAUAUCAGUUUGGCUGUUAAUGACCAGAAGACUAUAAGACAAGGAUUGGAAUGUGAGUUUAAUGCAGAUGUCACUUGUAGCAAACAUUUUGUAUUUCUCAAUGAUAUCAAUGAACCUAGUAGUGGGUUUAUUGUGAAUGAUGCUUGUAUGAUUGAAGUUGGGAUUUUUGUCAUCAAGAAUGUGUACGAGAAUGAACAAUAUUGGACUGGACGCGAGAUUGAUAAGGAUCUUCACACCGAAUAUCCUUUAUUUCAUGAAAUGUUCAUGAGAUCAUUUGCAAACAUAGAUCUAAAUUAUGUUCCAUUAUUAGAAAAUAUAUGUCUACUAUAUCCUUAUCUUCUUGUAAGUCAAGAAAAGAGAAGUUGCAAGUUUACUGAAUGGGCAUUCACAGCUUUGGGUCGACUUCUUUAUUUUUUGAAUACUAAACAGGUCAAAGAUAUGGAUGAUGAAGCAUGUGAUCAUCUCAAAAAAUUAUGGGAUGAAGUUAAGAUAUUUGGGUUUGAUUUGAGUUGGUUAGAAUCUGAUGUUAAAUCUGCCUUAAAUUUGAAAAAUUAUACGGAUAAGAUUGCUAAUGUAAGAAAGGCUAAGGAGAGAGUGGAUGAUUUGGAAAUUAGAACACAGAAGCUGAAGGCAGAAGUCAUUGAAAGAGAGACCGAAUUUGAAAGGGCAAAAACAGACUUGGUAAAAGCAGAAGAAGGAUUUAAAGAACGUAAUUUGGAUGACAUAUUAGGAUAUAGAUCAAAGAAGUGGUUCUAA